AAAACUCAUUGAAUAUCCCAUAAUUUCCAUCGAAUGCCAGGCGAUCUCCUCGGUCGGUCGCCGAAAGGAGAAAAGGUUCUCAAUCUUAUGUAAAUCGCCAUAACCAGAAUCUACGUACAAUUUCAUGUACCCUCAUUACGUAACACUGUUUUUCCUCGGAUCCUUCCAGUCGGACUCACCGAUCCUUCCACUGCACCUUGGCUGAUACGAGGCGAGGCGCGACGCGGUCGGGCCGAGCGCGGUGUCGACGUUGAUCGUGAAACCCACGUAGUUCGCUCGUAACAACGAGGCUGCUUACGUGUUUUUGCAGAAACUGCGGCAAUGACAUAUCGAUAGGCGAGAGUUGCAUCGGCGCUCCUCGCGGAUUUCGGUCUGGUCCAGCUGUGUUUCUCUCCCCGCAUCGUCGAAGAGCUCGAUUCCGUUUCCGGACGUCCAACUGUGCCCUCGAUCGUGCCCGAUUUCGCAAUGCUCGUCGACACUUUCUUCAGAAGAGGCUAUUCCGCGUCGUCGCGUCGACGAACGUGCGUUGUCACGUCAACACCGGAAAUCCGUAUGAAUAUUUAACCGGCGCGCAAACUUUGCGUCGCGCGAUCGUAGCAGGUUGCCCAUUUGGACUCGACAGAAGGACCAGCGCCAUUACCCCUUUGGAAGAAGAAGCUCGUAGUAGGCGCGGAUUCGCACGGACGAUCUCCGAACAGCUCUCUUUUUUUCUUUUGCUCCCCUUGCCUCUCCUCUUUUUUUCCUCUCUCUCCUUCCUCGUCGGGCCGGGCGAGUAUCGUCUGAAUGACAAACCGGUGGCUCGAGAGACUCGGGCGCGAGAGGAGUGCUUCGGAGACAUGUCGCGCGAUUUAAACUCCUCGUCAUCGACGUCGCCGUCGCUCUCGGAAUGGCCGUCGAACGACGCGAGGGACGAGUACCUCGCCAAGUGGGAAAUUGCGGUGCUGACCAGCAUAUUCCUCGUCACGCUCAUCGGCAACGCCCUGGUCCUGCUGGCCCUUUACAUCCGGCGGCGUUAUCAGCGGCGAAAGUUCACCAGGAUGUACUUCUUCAUCUUGCACUUGAGCGUGGCCGACCUGCUGACGGGUCUGCUCGACGUUCUGCCGCAGCUCGCCUGGGACAUAACGUUCAGAUUUCAGGGUGGUGCGGCGCUCUGUAAGCUGAUCAAGUACGGACAGCCGUUCGGCCUGUAUCUCAGUUCCUAUAUCCUGACGGUGACCGCGAUGGACAGGUACUACGCCAUCUGCCACCCGUUCAGUUACUGCGGCAUCACAUCUCGAAGAUCGAAAAUGAUGGUGUACGGGGCGUGGGUGCUCGCUGCCACGCUGUGCGUACCGCAGAUUUUUAUAUUCUCGUACACGGAAAUAUCGCCCGGCGUCUGGGAGUGCUGGGCCACUUUUAACCUGAAAUAUGGCGAGAGGGCGUAUAUUACUUGGUACAGUGUUACGCAGUUCCUAUUACCCUUCAUAGUGCUCGUGUAUACCUAUACGAGAAUAUGUAUGUCGAUAUGGACGAGCAGUAAAAUGUCGGGAGUCGUUGAUCUCAAGAGAAGCAACAAAGCCAGUUUCUUUCAGCGAAAUCGAGAUCCCAUCAUCUCCAAGGCGAUGAUCAAUACUGUGAAACAGACGAUCGUUGUGGUUACUUUAUACAUCCUCACCAAUAGCCCUUUUAUCGGCUGCGAGCUGUGGGCAACAUGGGAUCCUACAGCUUCCUCUUCGCCAUUUUUUACUGGGGCUGCUUUCACUAUUCUAAGUCUCUUAAACAGUCUCACGAGUUGCGUUAAUCCUUGGAUUUACUUUGCAUUUAACAAGGAAUUACGCGCAGCGUUGACAAAUUUUUUCUGCAGCAAGAAAGAUUAUUCGUUGACUUACGAUAUAGAUGUACGUCAGAAUGCGUCGGAUGUGCCCUCUUCAACAUCGUCGUUUAUUUCCAGAAUCUCGCGACUCGCGAGUUCAAAGAUAUUCGGGUAAAGUGGAAAUAAAACAAAGUUUGCAUUUUGAGAAGGACUGUUUUGAAUAUAAAGAAUACACCGCGAGUGUAGCUUGAUGCAUAUAUACAUUCGCGAGCAUUCGUGUAAAACGCGUUCGACAACGUCGGAGCGUGCAAUUGCUCUCUACGAUUUAACAAAAAUUAUUUAUGGCAAACCUAUUAAAAGUACCUGCGGACGAAGA